AUGGGUGGUGGCAACAACACGAACCCGCACGCGCAAGGCAUGAAGUGGCUGAAACGAAGGAAGAAAAAGAUGAAACGGAUAAACGAGGAGAGGAUGCAAUGGAAAGAAGACGAGGAAGAGGAAGAGGGAGAAGAACGGGAGAAGAAGAAGAAGAACGGAUUGGAAAUCAACGAGACGGACAUCUCUUCUUCUCUCAUCGGGAAGACAAAGAAGAAGAGAAAGAAGACAAAGACGGUGUCAUGGGAAACGAAUCGAACGAGGAAAAGAAGAGAGGAGGAAGCGAAAGAAACAGAGGAGGCGAAACGGGAAGGGAAACCGACGGGGACGACGACAGGUUUGAGUGGUGGUGGUGGUGGUAAUACUACUAAUGUGAACAACACAAAUCCUUUCGCCGUGUUGAGGCAACUUCCGAGACUCGAACGAUGA